AUUUGGCACUCCAUAAUUCGGCAUGCAAGUUUUGCAACAUUUAACAGUAACUUAGUUAGAGUUAGACCAAUUCUUAUAAAAAUUCAGAAAAGCCGGUGCUUGUUAAUUGGAUUGGGCAGUUCCGCUCCUGCCUGCCGUUCAGAGAGGUCUAUGUCCCGUACAAUGGGUGGUCAAGUUGCAUUGACACUCGGACGACUGAUUGUCUCCAUCCAACCCUGUUGGUCUUUUGUCAAGUCUUGUACGAGCCGUUCACCAACCUUGGUUCGGUGUAUCGACACGAGGCAGAGAACGAUGUCUUUUUCAAGUUUAUUUAACCUCGAUCAACAUUCCAUGCCGAAGGAAAAGAAAAAUAUGACGAUAUGUAUUGAAGGUAAUAUCGGGAGCGGGAAGACAUUGCUCCUUGAUAACUUCUCAUCGCAGACUGGUGACGUCCAGGUCAUUCCUGAACCCGUUGAUGCGUGGAGAAAUGCCAAAGGUCACAAUAUGCUGGGCUUAUUGUAUAAAGACCCAUCCAGAUGGAGUUUUGCAUUCCAGUCUUACGUUCAGCUGACAAUGUUAGCCUCACACCAGGUACCUCACAUACACCCUAUCAAGAUGAUGGAGAGGUCUAUCUUCAGUGCCAAAUACUGCUUUGUGGAAAACCUCUACCGAAGUGGUGUGAUGUCGGAUGCGGAGUAUACCGUUCUUACAGAGUGGUUCAACUGGAUAAUUUCAACAUCAUAUUGCAAUAUCGAUCGGAUAGUGUACCUACGGACAUCACCAGAGCACUGCUACGAACGGAUUCAGAUGAGACACAGGAAGGAGGAGACGGGAAUCACGAUAGAUUACCUUACCAAGUUGCACGAGCUGUACGAAGAUUGGCUCAUCCUUGGCAACCAUUUUCCUCUCCCUGCUUCUGUUGUGGUUAUCGAUGCUAACAACUCAAUGGACCACAUGCUGCAAUAUUACAAGGAGAACAAGGAACACAUUCUGCGUACGGGGGAUCAAGAUAUGUGUAUUGUACAGAGAUGAUGAAACUGGCACUUUUCAGUCAAACUCACUCCAGAAGAAUUUUCCCCAACAGGAAGCUCUGGCCAGGAAUUAAUACCCAGACUGUGAAUGAAUCAAGUAGGAUUCACUUGGCAAAAAAAUGUCAGGGUUUUUGGAGGACACCUAGUGGCAUCCCUGCAUGUCAUUAUUUCCAGGGAAUCAUGCUGUUAUUUAUAGAAGCUUAAAAGUACCACCCAGAUGUUCAUAUAAUCAUCUCGUCAUGUCUACAUCUCUUAGGGAAAGGGAUAAGAUGACGAGAUCUUCUUAUAGAAGAGAUGAUCAGAUGGCAAGAUCUUGGAUCUCGUCAUGUCUACAUCCUUGUGGGAGAGAUGAUCAGAUGACAAGAUCUUGGAUCUCGUCACGUCUACAUCUUUUCAAAGAGAUGAUCAGAUGGCAAGUUCUUUGAUCUUUUCAUGUCUACUUCUGAUCCAAGAUUUUGCCAUCUGAUCUGAUCUUGCCAUCAUGACGAGAUCUGAGAUCUCAUCAUCUUAUCCUUUUCCCUAAGAGAUGUAGACAUGACGAGAUGAUUAUAUGAACAUCUGGGUGGCACUUUCAAGCUUCCAUAGUUAUUCCCUUGAAUAGAAGCAUGUUUAGUAAUUCACAUUGUUUCUCGAUCGACAUAUUGUGGCAAGAGUAUGUAGCGUGGCAUAUAAAGUGGCGGUUCCCCCCUUUUUUUUGGGGGGGAUAAAAAUCCCAGGAAAUUGAGUAGGAUAUGAAAUAAUCUCUCUCAAUUGCAGUUUCAUCUAAGUUGAACAAUAUGAAACUGUUUGGUUAUCAGUUUCUCAUGAGUUUCCUUCGUUGCUUCCGCCAAUUUACCUCAUUUUCCCUCAUAUUCAAAACAGAGGUUAUUCAAUUUUGCUACCUGAAACAUAUUUUUGUUUUGCAGGUUUAUAACUGUUGUGACCAUUUUGUUUUUGUUAAAUAAGAGCAAAGUCAUCAUUUUAUACUUCUGAACAGUAAUGAUUUUUAAUGUUUUGUAAACACAAGCAGUAUUCAAAUAUUAAUGACUACUAUUCAACCAAAUGGGUAAUUAGGGCCCUGUUACAUGAAGCUCAGUGAUCGAUUGUAGGAUGGUUUUAUACUAUUGAUUGCAUUGAUUAAUGUGUAAGAUCAAUCAUAACAAUCAGUCCCACGGUCAAUCGCUGAGCUUCAUGUUGGAGGGCCCAGUUUGGUUAUAGGUGAAUACAAAGAGGUAUUGCAAAUUUUCAAUAGAACAACAAUAAUUGUGCAAUGAUAUUCAUUUAUUGUUAUUUAUUACUUUUAUAAUAAUAUUUAUGAUAAUGGUAAUGAUGAUACAGAGAAAACAGUAAUGUUGCAAUGCAAUGAAUGAGUAUGAAACUGUCUUCCAGCACAAAAAAAUAUGAAUGGAUCACAUAUGGAUACCUAAUUAUCAUGUAUAUGUUCAAUGCAUUUGAAUGAGUUCCAAAACACUAACCUGAAAGCCUAGUUCCCCCACCCCACAAGUGCAUUUGAAUAAAAAGAGAGGAAAAUGAAACGAGCAAAAUGCUGAAAUUUCAUCAAAAUUUGAUAUAAUCAGGAUCAACCACAUGCCCACAAAGAAAUGCCUCUAUACUGAUUCCUUCUUCGUCAUGGAAACCUUCCAAAGUGACUUUAAAAUAGAUAUGACAUAUUAUACCGGUUGUAUGCAAAUGAGUAAUUUUGUAUGAAAUAUGAAAUAAUUCAAUUUUUUGCAUUAUAUUAGAAGAAAUUGUUUUAUUUCACAUGUGGACUAGCCUUAAAAGUUUGAUUUGAUUUGAUUUAUUUUACAUCUGUCACGUUUAAUAGUUAACUUUGUUGAAUUCACUGCGUAGGACUCAUUUGUGAUUUUGUAUGCCGUCUCGCCGGGACAUAUUAUGGCAUCAUGCUUGGUGUCCGUCCCCUGGAGGGGCCACUUCCAUUGACGAGUGGAUACCAUGCACGACCAUGGGGUCUCGAAAAGCACCCACAUAUUUUCCAUAUUCUGAAAAAAUCCCUACCCUUAACAAGUAUUGGAAACAAAACGAUACUAUUGGCAAGUAUUCCCCGAAUUGAACCCCUAAACAAGUACAGCGAUAUUUCAAUUGUUAUGUCACGGACGUUGGUCGUCGGUUUUACCCUUUGGUUUUACCUUUACCUACAUCAUUGGGUUUAGUACAGCCCCACCUCCCACACUCGUGCAAAUCGUACUCUAAAUAUGUGUUUACUCUUGGGGCAAAAUUACAUCCUUUAUAAAACAAAAUAGUCUUAAUUUUUUAUACCCUCGCAAAUUUGACCCUCAACACGUAGCCUUCCUAGCGAAAAUAGAUACCCUUUUUUCAUUAUUUUAGUGUUUUUGACACCCUUAUUACGUUACGUAGGUAAUGUGCCCUAUCUUGAAAAAGACAUCCUUUUACAUGUUUUUUUUUGGUCGUGCAUGGUAUCCACUCUUCAAUGUAAGUGCCCCCCCCCCCCGGAUACCCUUCGCAAAUUUGACCCUUAACAUGUAGCUUUCCGAGCGAAAUAUAUACCCUUUUUUACUAUUUUAGUGCUUUUGACACCCUUAUUACGUUACGUACGUAAUGUGCCCUUUCUUGAAAAAGACAUCCUUUUUACGUGUUUUUUGGUCGCGCAUGGUAUCCACUCGUCAAUGCAAGUGGCCCCCCCACCCCUAGGUCCGUCCGUCUGUCCGUUAACUUUUCCUUGUAAACGUGAUAACUUCAGUUUGACGUAACCUAGGCUCAUAUAAUUUGGUGUGUAUGAUACUAGCACGGAUCUUAGGAAGCCUAUUGAUUUUGAGGUCAAAAGGUCAAGGUCACAGUGACAUAUUUUCAUCUUGCCCUUCUGCAGUCCUUCUAAAUGCGAUAACUUCAGUUUAACUUAACCUAGGCUCGCAUAAUUUGGUGUGUAUGAUACUAGCAUAGAUCCCAGGAGGCCUAUUGAUUUUUUAGGUCAAAAGGUCAAAAGGUCAAGGUCACAGUGACAUGUUUUCAUCUUACCCUUCUGCAGUCCUUGUAAACGCGAUAACUUCAGUUUGACUGAACCUAGGCGCAUAUAAUUUGGUGUGUAUGAUACUAGCAUGGAUCCCAGGAAGCCUAUUGAUUUUGAGGUCGAAAGGUCAAGGUCACAAUGACAUGUGUUCAUCUUACCCUUCUGCAGUCCUUGUAAAUGCGAUAACUUCAGUCAUGGGCGGAAAUCCCAGGGGGGACAGGGGGGGACGUGUCCCCCCUACUCAAAAUAGUAGGGGGGACACAAUACCAAAUGUUCCCCCUACUAUUUUGGUCUUUUAUGAUGGUAAGAAAUACAUCAUUCUAAAUCGAAAUAAAACAUGUAUUUUGGGACGAGAUGACCUUACUUUGGCGACGAUAACCUUUUUUUUUGCUUGUCAAAUUUUCCCGCCCCUUGUCCCAAUAGGCAGAUCCAUGGUGCCGAGGGGCCCGCCCCCUCCUCUUGGCGGAGCAAAAAUAUGAAAAAGGGAAAGAAAGAAAGAAACAAGGAGGGAAAAGAGAGGAGAAAAAGAAGAGGACGACGAGUGCAUAAAAUAAGAUGAGGGGAAGACUUGGAAAAUUAAAAGAAUCUUUCAUUCAAUUCAAUUCAAUUCUUUUAUUUCAUUUCCAUUCAAAACAUGCCACUAUAUAAAAUUUUCGCUCGCGCUCGCAUUGCCUGUUAGGUGAUUUACCCAAUCUUGUUCAAUAUGGAGUUCGAAUAUCAAGUUUGGAAGUCAACAUACAAAACAUAUUUCACCUCGGAAAACGAACUUUCAUUAUUUUGUGUAAUUUACAAAUUGGUUUUUAAAAAGUGCUCUGUAAAAAUGUCAGUUUUAUGGUCUGAACGUUAACAUUUGCUGCUUGCGCUGCGCGCGCUCAAAAUUUGAUUUAUCAGGUACCUAUUAUUUAUGUGUAUUCCAUAAAGUUUUCAAAAUAUUUCCCUUUUCAGGUCUGAUUGUCAAGACGUAUCAGCUAGCGCGCUGCACGCUCGCAAUUUGAUUGGCGAGUUAUAUAAAUGUUUCAAUAUAGAUUAUACAACAAACUACUUAAAAUCCCCUUUUCAUGACAGUUUAUCAAAAAGAUUUAGCACGCGAUUUGCGCUCGCAUUAAUGGUUUAAAAUAUAUUAACUGAUGCAUCCUAUUCAUAAUCAAAAAUAUGAAAUGUCCAGUUUUUAUGCCAUGAUAUCACCAGAUUUCGCGCCCUCAUUAGGCAUUAUUAAAUAUGAUAUUAAUUUAAUAAUUAAAUUGUCCCUUUUGUUUCAUCUCGCGCUUAGCAAGAGGAAUAGGAAGAUAGUCAUUAUUUUCAUUUGAUGACAUGUCGUAAGGAUGUCCCGGUCCUAUGUCAAAACUCAAAGUAAUAAUAAUAUCAGCUCUUUUUUAAGUGGGAUCCAUAUCCACCUUACAAUUUUUCUUCAAAGUGCUUGAAAUAUAAAGCUGAAAUUUACUCUUUUUUCAGAUCGGAAUAUCAAAGUUUCAUGAUUUUCAUGAUUAAAGUUGUAUUUAGAAUGCCUAGAUUCUAGGGCAUGUUUAUUCAGAUACUCAACUUGUUCUCUAAUUUAAAUCAUUAUCCAAUUUUUCUGCUCGCGCUUUGUGCUCGCAUUAUUAAUGUAGGAAGACCCCAUAUUACUCAUCCUUUUGAUGAUAUACAAAACAUGAACAGAGUGGCCCAUUUUUAGGUCUAAAUCUCGAAGAAAAAAAAAUCUGCUCGCGUUUCGCGCUCGCAUCAAUCGUUAAAUUAUAUAGCUAUCCUGUUCACGAUUACAAACCCUGAUUAAAAUUUUCCAUUCUUUCUUUAGAAAGUUCAAAAAUUUUCAGCUCGCGCUUCGCGCUCGCAUUUUUUGAUUGUUGAAAUAUGUAACGCCUUCAUGGCUAAGUGCAAGCAGUCCACAGGUACCAGUUCAAAACGUAUAUAAAAUUUUUCUGCUCGCGCUUUGCGCUCGCAUUAUUAAUACUCCUCCUUUUCAGGAUUUACAAAACAUGAAUAGUGUCUCGUUCAGUAGGACUAAAUCUCGAAAUUUUCCGCUCCCGCUUCGCGCUCGCAUUAAUCGUUUACUUAUAUACCUAUUCUGCUUGAGUUACAAAAAGUGCUUAGAAUUUCCAUUCUUUUGGUGAAAAUGUAAAAAAAAAUCGGCUCGCGCUUCCCGCUCGCAUUAUUUGAUUGUUAAAUUCUACUUAACAGGUAUCUUUUCCAUCAGUUCGUUCCUGCUCGCGUUUUGCGUUCGUAGUAAUUAUUAAGUUGCAUACACAUCUUUUUCAGGAUAACAAACAUUGCCCAGAAUCAGUUCAAAUUUCCAAAAAAAAAAUACAUAAAAUUUCAAAAAAAAAAAUAGCUCGCGCUUUGCGGUCGCAUGAUAUUAUACAUUAAUACAUAAGAAUAAAGCUAAGAAGUGACUAAUGAGGACUACCCCUUCAAAGAAACAAACAAAAAUCAUCUUCGAGCUGCCGAUCGGGGAAAAUAUGGCUGAAACAAAUUUCCGCCCCCCCCCCCCCCCCUAUUGGCGAAGGCUGGAUCCGCCCUUGUGCCCCCCCUACCUUUUGGGAGAGAUUUCCGCCCCUGACUUCAGUUUAACUUAACCUAGGCUCAUAUAAUUUGGUGUGUAUGAUAUUAGCAUGGAUCCCAGGAAGCCUAUUGGUUUUGAGGUCAAAAGGUCAAGGUCACAGUGACAUGUUUUCAUCUUACCCUUCUGCAGUCCUUGUAAACGCGAUAACUUCAGUUUGACUGAACCUAGGCUCAUAAAAUUUGGUGUGUAUGAUACAAGCAUGAAUCCCAGGAAGCCUAUCGAUUAAAAGGUCAAGGUCACACUGUCAUGUUUUCAUCUUACCCUUCUGCAGUCCUUGUAAAGGUGAUAACUUCAGUUUUACGUAACCUAGGCUCAUGGUGUGUAUGAUACGAGCGCAUGGAUCCCAGGAAGCCUAUUGAUUUUGAGGUCAAAAGGUCAAAGGUCAAGAUUACAGUAACCUGUUUUCAUCUUACCCUUCUGAAGUCUUUGUUAAUACGAUAACUUUAGUUGAACUUAACCUAGGCUCAUAUAAUUUGGUGUGUAUGAUACUAGCAUACAUGUAGAUAUAGCAAUUCUAUUAAUUUUAAGGUCAAAGGUGAAGUCGCCACCUUCCACUUUUCUUGCUUGACCAAUAACUUUAUUUUCCACGUUACAGACGGGCGUAUUAUGUGCUCGCCUUAGCGACACUUGUUUUUUAUUACAAUCACUGAUCUUUCAAGUUGAAUGUCCACUGAAGUAAUUCAUGGCGAUAUAAAUGUCAAUAAUGUAAAUCUCACCUUUACAUUAUAUCUGGGUCACACUAGUCUUCAGGCAUAGGCCUUUUCAUUUUGUGUUUGCAUAAUGCAUACAAUGCGGAGUCUGAAGUAGUGAGACAAGAUUCACUCACUACUGUGGCUAACACAUACAGUUGUGCUCAAGUCACAAAAUGCACUCCUUCGUGCCGAGUGUUAAAAGUAGACAACAACACAACAACGUUUUGGUGAAUGUAAUAUUCUAUCUGCUGACUUCAGAAGUAUAAAUAGCUAAAAAAUAAUGACAGAACUUCAGUUUCUGGGCCCCAUCUUACAAAAAGCUACGAUUGAUCCAAUCAAUCGUAACUCUAUGGAAAUCCAUCAGUGUCAUAAUUUCUUCUACAGAAAAUUUGCAAAAUGUCUUUUGUAAACAAAGAGCAGCGCAGUGAAUUUUCAAGAAAACAAUGAAUGCACGAAUAUACAUCAUAGUUAGAAAAUAUUUUGAACAAACAUGCAUUUUAGACACAGAAAUACAUUAGUUGAUAUUAGAUGUUGAUGUUGUUGGCCGCCAUAGUUGCGAUUUAUUGGAUCAAUCACAACUCUUUGUUAGAUGGGGCCCUGGUGUGUUUUACUUUUGAGCAUCAACUGUAUGUGGUUACCCUUCACACUUUACUGCCUUAAUCUGCAACAUUGGAUAAGCUUUAACAUUGUGAUGAAUGGCCUUUCCUGGGGAGCGUUUCAUGAAAGGACUUGUCAGACGUUUUAUCCGACAAGUCCCAUUUUAUCCGACAGUUGCCAUAGUAACAGUGCUUCUUAGCCAAUCAACAUCAAGGAAAGAUGUCAGAUCUGACAACUUGUCGGACAAAAAUGUUGAUGAAACACUCCCCAGGGCUCCUUUUCAUUUUAAUUUCCAGGGCUAGUAAUUUUGAGCAUUUUGGCAAGCCAAUCGCCCUCAGCCCCUGUGUAAUAGUUCUCCCUGUUUUUUAUUUGGGUUUUAAGGCGAUGUGAAUAUUUAAACCUCGAUCUGAUUGAUUAUUCAUAUUUUUGUGAUCAGGAAAUAAUGCAUGGAUUUGUCAGCACUGCUUUUACAUGCAAUAGUUAGAAGAUCGUGACAAGGUGCUCGAUCAUAACGGUAAAUUGCCAAUUCGUCCCGUGCCAACUGGUCCACUCACCACAUGGUCUACCUUCAUUUAGUCUAAUGCCAUUCUGUCCAUCAAAAUUUUGUCGAACAACUAUUUGGUCCAAUAACCAUUCGUCUUAUCACCAUUUCGUCUAAUAACCAAUUGGUCUAAUACCCAUUUCUUUUCAUUCAUUUUGCACAAUUAACACGUUCGAUUAAUUAAACCAAACGGUAUAUGGACUAAAUGGCUAUUGGACCAACUCAUUUAAGACGGAAUGGCAUUAGACUAAAUGAAAGUAGACUACUAGUAUGUGGUGAGUAGACGAACUGAUGAUUGGCCCAAUGGUAGUAGAUGAGUUGGCAAUGGGACGAAUUGGCAUUAGACGAAUUGGAAAUAAACCCUCAUAACAGAGACACAAAGAGUUUGGAGCAACCUAGUAAUAUAUCUCUAUGGUCUUCAUUCUGAAUCUGGGCGUGGGAUAAUUUGUUACAGUGUCAAAUUUGAUUCUGUGCCCGCAUACUAAGUCACCCUGUUCAAAGUCCCAUCAUCAAAAAAAAAAAAUCGGAAUUGGUGUGGCUGGUUCAUAAUAAAUGGUCAAAUUCCUAUAGGCUUUGGCCACUCAAUAGUUCACAUCCCUAUUCCCUGUCUUAGUUCAGCCGAGUUCACGCCGAUGACCGAAUCUGAUAAGAAGUUAUUUGCUCUAUUUGUAAUUGUAAACAUGAUAAAACAGCUCUUGUCCUCCACCUAAAAAAUAACCCAGUUAAAUUUCAAAAUCUGUCUUGAUUCUGUUAAUUUCUUGAAGUAAAUUUUUAUUAUAUCUUCGGUAAAAUUAAAUAAAUCAUUCUUUCUGAUAAGAUCUGAAUUUUGGAUGAAAUUCUGUGUAAAAUACUUGUUGAUUUUUUUUUUAAAUAUAUUUAUUCAAUCAGCUUCUUAGGGUGAACUUUCUUUACAUUUGAACCUGAAAAUAUUUUCAUGAGAUAUGAGGCUCCAUAUAAGUCUCAUUUAGACAAAGACAAUCAUUUUCUUGUUGAUUCAUUUCCCAGGUAAACUGUGUUAGCAUUGUACUAGCGGCUUUGUACAAAAUAAUAUUGUGUUUUUGUCCUUGUAUGUUGUAUUUAUUUGUUUUUAUAUGUAUGUUGUGGUAUGUUGACUCUGUACUUUUAGUUUUCUAAUUGUAUUCAUUUUACGUAAUAUGUUCUUUAUCUUCAUAAUGGACCACAAGCAUAUGACUGUUCUGUAUAACAAAAGUCUGUAAUACAAAUAAUUGUUUGUUAUUUUGUGUCAUGAAAGAUCUAAAUGUAUGACAUGAGGUAGGAUGUAGUAAUCUACAUCGAUUGCAUUUGUAAUAAGAAAAAUGUUAUUGGUAUUAUUUCUAUUAUUUUUUUCAUUUAUUCAUUUCUAUAUUUAUCUAUGGAUAUUAUAUGUAUUUAUAUGUAUUAAUUGUUAUUUUCAUCAUUAUUUUUUUUUCAUUUAUUUUUAAAAUAUUUUAUUUCAAUAUUUGAAUUUCAAUAUUUAUUUAUUUAUUAUUUUAUUUAUUUAUCUAUUUAUUUAUUUCAUUUAUUUAUUUAUAUCUAUAUUUAUUUAGGGGUUAUAUGUCAAGAGAGUGAAGAUAGUUGAAUAUUAAACAGUAUUUUUAUGAACAGUAAUCAUAUUGAUUAAAUUCAACAUGCAUUGUAUUAUGUGCCUGAUAGAUAUUUCUACCACCUAACCUGUAUCAUUUGUGACAAACGAUUUUAAACUGCAUCAGUGAAUACGAUCAUUUCGAUGAUCGAAUUUAAACUGUGCUUGAUAAACGGAUGCUUUUUUAAUCAUUGUUCCACCAGAUCAUUUUGCUGAUGUAAGUACCUAUUGUUUUUAGUCUACUGUUUCUUCAUUGGGGGAAUUGUUAAUGUGUGCUUUAUGAAUUACCAGAAAAUAAAUUCAUUCAUUUUUCAAGAAA